AUGAACUUACCUGGUGUCAUAAAGGUCAGGGGCUCAAUAGCGGUUUUUACUAUUGGGUUGAUACACCAUGGUUGGGAUACCAUCCCUAUUAAGGGUCCAAGUAUAAUAGCUUGUCUUCAGCUAUGGACAACAACGUCAGAUAUGGUGUGCAACCUAGGUUUUUGGAGGUGUAUACAGAUAGAGCUUCAAUAUAUAGGAAUAAAGUGCUCAUGGUGUGGCAUGGAAGCUCUGAAAGUUAGAAAGGGUAAAUCGUUUGGAAAUUUACCUACCCGCGAUAGCACUGCCACAAUAGGAGUGUUCUGGGGUCAUGGCCUGUAUGAUUCUACAGAUCCUCCUAUUCACAGACGAAGAACAGAUGAAGCGGCGCGCGCCAACAGAUGA